UCGAGUUCAUUUCGUUUUCGCAGCUGGCGAACAUGUGGUAUUUUGUUUUUAAUUUUUAAAGAAAUUUAAUUGUUUCUGCAUAGAAAAUCAAAAUAGUUUGUUUGCAUUUAAUUUCCUUGCAUUUCAAAGAACAAUAAGAAAUCAAAACAAAAAUAAACCAUGUCGGGAGUGAAGUGUAAGAAUUGUGGCUCGACUGACAUCGAAGUGGACAAUGCUCGCGGAGAUGCUGUCUGUACCAACUGUGGUUCUGUCCUCGAGGACAAUCUUAUUGUAUCGGAAGUGCAAUUCGAAGAAGCUGGCCAUGGUGGUUCGGCAAUGGUUGGGCAGUUUGUUGCUGCCGAUUCGACAGGUGGGGCAACAAAUUAUGGUUAUGGUAAAUUUCAAGUCGGUUCGGGAAAUGAGUCGCGUGAGGUAACGAUCAAGAAAGCCAAACGCGACAUCACUCAUUUGUGUCAUCAAUUGCAAUUGAAUCAGCAUUACAUCGAUACAUCAUUGAAUUUCUUUCGAAUGGCUUUGAUGCGGCAUUUGACUCGCGGUAGGAAGAGUACGCAUAUUUAUGCAGCAUGCGUCUAUAUAACUUGUCGCAUUGAAGGGACAUCUCACCUCCUGGUGGAUAUCAGUGAUGUGCAGCAGAUUUGUUCCUAUGAACUGGGACGAACUUACUUGAAACUAUCGAAUGCCCUGUGCAUUAACAUUCCUUCAGUGGAUCCUUGUAUUUAUAUCAUGAGAUUUGCGAAUAGAUUACAAUUUGGAAACAAAACCCAUGAAGUAUCAAAUACUGCACUUCGAAUAGUACAAAGAAUGAAGAAAGAUUCAAUUCACUCAGGUCGUAGACCAACUGGUUUAUGUGGUGCAGCUCUCCUAAUUGCAGCUCGGAUGCAUGAAUACAAUCGUACCAUUCAUGAUAUUGUUCGUAUUGUAAAAAUUCAUGAAUCUACUGUUCGAAAAAGACUGACAGAAUUUGCUGAAACUCCAAGUUCUGCUCUAACUCUAGAUGAAUUUAUGUCAGUUGAUCUUGAGGCGGAGCAAGAUCCUCCAGCAUUUAAAAUGGCACGAAAAAAGGAUCGAGAGCGAAUAAAAGAUAUCGGUGAACAUGAACUUACGCAGUUGCAGAAGGAAAUCGAUAUUCAACUUGAGAAGGAUAUGAAAAAAGUCGCCACUAAAGGACGAUAUAAAAAUAUGGCUGGUAAUGAUGUCGAACAAAUUGAUGCGACCAAAUUCAUAAACGAAGCGAACAUGGAAAUCCUAAGCGAGUGCUUAGCUGACGAUCCAGAUGUUGUGUCAGUUUCAAGUAUUCACAAGCCAAUUGUGAUUGAAGGCCUGAAGCCGGACAUUGUCUCAAUGUGUACCCCAUCGGUGAGUGACCUUCAAGAAAAGGAACCCGAAGAUGGUGCUCCCGAUGAAGCCGGUGAAUUGGAUCUUGAAGGGCUGGACGAUGAAGAAAUCAAUAAAUAUAUCCUAACACACGAAGAGGCGAAAUAUAAAAAUGACAUGUGGAUGAAAUUAAAUAAAGAGUAUUUAGAUGAAAUGAAAAUCAAAGAAGAAAGACUGGCAAAGGAGCGUGAAGAGGGCAAACCAGAGAAGAAAAAACGACCGCGAAAGAAACAUAUAGGACCAUCUAGUACUCCAGGGGAGGCUAUAAAGAAGAUGUUGCAGGAGAAAAAGAUUUCAACCAAGAUCAAUUAUGAUAUUCUCAAAACACUUACAAGUGUUUCUAAGGGCGAAGAAGAUACUACAGCGACAGAAACGACGACGGCCGUUGUGGGCGGCGAAACAGUCGAUUUGAAACCGGCUGCAAGUUCGAGUACGGUGCUUCCUAACAGAAGCAAGCCGCCAGCUUACACAAUUUUGCAACCACAAUUUAAAAAACCCAAACUCGAAUUAGGUUUACCAGUGGCAACGGAAACCAAACCAAAAGUCGAAGCACUUGUUGUUGAAAAUGAUGACUUAGAUGAAGAAGAUGAUAUUGAGGCUGAACCUGAACCUGAACCAGAGAAGGAAUACUCUUCCUUGAAGGAUAUGCUUAAUGAUGGCGAAGAAGAUGAUUACUAUGGAUAUGAUGAAGAUAAUUAUUGAAAUCUUAUCUCAUCUUAUCUCAUCCUGCUUUUAAUAAUAAAUUAAUGUCUAGAAUAUUUGUUUAAAAUUUUAUUUUAAGAGAAUACAAUAUUAUGUAUUUGUUUUACAUGUGUUUUUAUUUUUAAAUUGAUUUUGUAUACUUUAUGCUUAGAUUUACUAUUUUUUUUAAUUUAAUCUGUAAAAUAUAAUGUAUGCUUACAUUUGUAUGUUAAAUACACUGAUAUCCGAUUGUGUGAUCAAAAAUUAAUUUAUGAAAUAUAAAAUUAAAUUUAAAGAAGU